ACAUCUAUUUUUGUGCAACCCUCUUUCUAAAGCUUCUCUCUGACAAUGGGAACCAUAGAGAAGAGUGUUUCUCAAGUAACCUUAACCUCCUCCGCCAUCUUCACCGUGUCUUCCUCCUCCUCCGCGGCCGCCUCGUUUUCCUCAUCUACAACAUCUUCUUCUUCUUCAUCAACAACUUAUAACUCUAAAAGAAAAGCAUCUCCAAGAUCAUCAGAAGAUCAAGAAGAUGAUGAUAACGUCGUAAAACGGCGGAAGAUCAGCGGUGGAGAUAAGCAUCCGAACUAUAGAGGAGUACGGAUGAGGAGUUGGGGGAAAUGGGUGUCCGAGAUCAGAGAGCCGAGGAAGAAAUCAAGAAUCUGGCUCGGAACUUAUCCAACGGCUGAGAUGGCAGCUCGAGCUCAUGAUGUAGCAUCUUUAGCUAUUAAAGGUACAACGGCUCAUCUCAAUUUUCCUGAAUUAUCCGGCGAGCUUCCUCGUCCGGUCACAAGAUCUCCUAAAGAUAUUCAAGCGGCUGCAACCGCCGCCGCCGUGAAUUGGCAAGAUUCCGGCGCAAAUAGCCUCCGGAUGAAUAAUUCUGAUGUAGCUGAAUUAGCUGAAACCGAGCCGAGUCGAGGAGUGAUGGCUCAGUCGUUGUCAGGUAGUGUGGUGUUUUCUUCGGACAUUAACACUCGAGAUUUGUCGGAAACUUCAUGUGCUUCGACGACAUCGUUUGCAGAUAAAGACAAGGAGGAAGAGAAGCUGUUUGAUUUACCAGAUUUGGUUACCGAUGAGAUCAUACGAAACGAUGCGUUUUCUUUUUACUCGUCCACGUGGCAGCUAUGUGGAGCUGAUCAUGGGUUUCGGCUUGAAGAGCCGUUUUUCUGUCUCAAUGACUAAAUCACACUCCAGCCCACUAACACCUAAUUAAUUUGCCUACUCUUUCUUCUUUUUUCAGUUUAUAUAUUUACGUUUUUUUUUCAAUUGGAGUGUUAGUGAUUUUUUUCUGUAAACGGUAUCAUUUUGAUUUUUUUUUUCUUUUUGGCAGAAAAGCGUGUUUGAUGAAUAUUUGUGUGAUAUAAAUAUGGUGAUAACAUUUUUAACAAA